UAUUAACCAAACAUGAAGUAAAAAUAUUGAUAUUAGACAAAGGAGUAAAAGAAUUUAUAUACAAACUGGUCGCGCAACCACGAAAGCCUAGUUGUUUUAUAUGGGCCUCCCCCGAAAACUAUUCCUUGCACAGUGAUUUUAUGGAUGGUGGGCAGUGACGGCGACGGCGGAGGAAGGCGGCAGCAGAACUUCAAUUUGUUAUCUCUAUACGCAGGCAGAUGGAAUUGAGGCCAGAAACUUUAAUCCCUGCCGAAUGAUUAUCCACGGGUGCGUCGGCAGCGGAACCCUAAACUGCUUCUUCUCGAUAUCGGCAACACGAAAUUUUAGUUUCCUUGUAAGGAAAGGAUUCGGAUAAUCAGAAUCCCGCCACCUCUUCCUCACCGCCACCGUGUUUGUUUUCUUAUCCCGUCUUAUCUUCCUUUGUUAUCGUAUGAUUGAAUUAGUGUAGGAAUUUUGUGUAUUUUCUGUCAAUUCAUUCAUUAUUUGUAACAUUAGCCAAUAAUAGUGAUAUUAGGUGUUGGAAUUAUGUCAAUAAGAACGGAAAAUCCAGUUCUGGGUGAGGAUGAGGUGGUGGGAUUCUGGUCGGAGUUCCCCGAAGACGUUAUAGUGGAGAUACUCUGCCGGUUGCCGGCAGAAGAUUUAAUUGCACUGAAAUCUGUGUCCAAAGAUUGGAACUUUGUGAUCUCCAGAUUCUGUAUUCCUAAGCUUUGCCCCCCCCACCCUUGUGCUCCGUUCUGGGGUUUCAUCUGUUUUGAAGAACCACUUCCUCCUAGUUUUUUUCAAGAAGGCCACGAGUGCAGCUUGGAUAAAUAUUUGGAACAUCACUUCAUAAGUCUGUGCAGAUUCAGGAAAGGAAAGUUUCUACGAAGAUUGGCAGGCAAUGGUUUGAAAAUGGAGCGCCGGAUUUCGGCUUUGCUGCAAGAAGUAAAGGAGGGGGAGCAUGAUGCUUCGGAUAUUCGAGAUUGUUGCAAUGGACUCCUACUUUUAGCCUCCAACUCACAGUAUUAUGUAGCUAAUCCUGUCACAAAACAGCGGUUUUGGGUCCCCAAAAGCAGUCGCCAGCAUCACAACAUCGACCUGAAAACAAUUCAUUCCUCAUUAGUUUUUGAUCCUUCAGUUUCCCUUAGCUUUAAGAUUGUCAGCUGCAUUUGUCCGGCUGUAGACGCCACACCUAGUAGGCCAAUGGAAUUGGACGUUUUCUGUUCCAAGACUGGAGAAUGGUACAGCCAUGUUCUCCCUCUUGAGCCCCACAGUCUUUACGGCUUUGAGUGGCUUCGGCGUUCUGUUUACUUCAAACAGGCUUUGUAUUCUCUGUCUUUGGCUAUGUACUUGGUAUGCAUUGAUAACCUUUUCCCGAGAAGUGGCACUAGUAUAAAUAAGGAUUGUGGUUCUGAGUUAGAAGCCUGGGCCAUUGAGCUCCCUGAUAAAGAUUUGAUGCCAAAAGAGCUGCUUCCACACUCUUGUGGGUGCAUUGGGUUCUCCUCUGCGUGUUUCUACUACUCGAAUCGUGAUGUUGAAGGUUCUUCCAUGUUGGUUUGGAUGCUGGUAUUGAAAGGGAAAAGUUCUGAAUGGAUUUUGAUCCACACCAUCAGCAUUGCUGAUGACCUUGUUAACGGUUUCGGCAGCUUUGAACGUGCGAAGCAUUGGAAAAAAUUUGAUUGCUUUAGACCUCGUGCAUUUUUCUCAAAUGAUGAUGCAAUUGUUGUUGCAGCUCCAAAACUCCUCAUCACCUAUUACAUAAAGAUUAAGAUGAUUGAUGAGUGUCAUGUACCUGGUCUCUAUAGGUGUAACAGAGACGCGCUGCAUUUGGAUGGACAUUGUAUCUUGCCAUUCUCGCCAUGCCUGCUGUUAUUUAAUACUAUUGCAAAGGAGAAUCUUCGAGAGUAAAUUGCUGUUGUGCUUGUCUGUUGUUAGUAUUUCUGCGCAAACAUUUAAAUAAAGGUUGUAUUUUUAUGUACGAGAAUACUUUAUUAUUAUUUUUUUUUUUUCAGAUAUUCUCUUUGUGUGUAGCCACUGAACAUAUUACUUUUAACCUUAAUAGAGCCAACUUGGCUUUUGUCUGUUUAUGGUAUCAUGACUUACAUCAGCAUGCUUUUUUCUUGUUCUUUUCCCCCCUUCUUUGGCAUUAUUGCAGCUCGUGCUGAAGUAUUUUUAACUUCCUGUAGAAGUUAUGUGUUUGCAGAUAUUUGGUAUGGUUCAGGGUGCAAGGAUUGUGGAAGCUUAUUCAUGGAAUUCGAGGCUUAAAUUUAGCAAAUUACUUUAGUUUGUUGGUGGUAGCGGUACUUCUUGGGGUGGUGAUAGUGUUCAUAUAUCUCGGGAGCUAUAGUAAAAGUGAACGAUGAAAGAAUAAACAGAAGAGCUGUAGGAUAGAGUCGCUGGGAUUGACUGAACCCAACAGAAGGUCUUUAGGAUAGAAUCACAGGGAUUAACUGAACCUCCUCUUUCCAAUGAAACAUUUGUGUUCUCAUUUGGCCUUCUUUUAUACCAGUGGAGGAAGGAGGGUAUUCUUGUUUUCUGUUGGAAAAGAGUAUGUAGGAACAAAACAGAAACUGAAGUCAAUUUGAAAUAUACCAAUGUACUAUUUUGUUCAGAGCUUUUAUGCAUUUACACAUGCAGAAUAGGCUCUACGAACUGUCGCUACAUUUGGAGGUUAUUUACAUGUUAGUCUUGCAUAUUCUUUUGUUGUCGUCCUGUUUGAGAGCUCUUUUUCUGGACCCAAGGUCAUAUUCCUUCUUCAUUAGUCGACCAAAGAAUGUAGCUUUGAACAAGAAUUUGAAUUUUGUAGAUGGUGUGUCAAUGUUGUAAAGCUAUCUAAAUGCAAAUCUAAAUUACAGAUGAGCUUCAGUUUGUAUACUGGAGGACAAAUGGCUGACAAUGUUGUAGAUAGCG